GAAGUUAAAAGCCGUCAACACAGUGCAGCUCUGCAGAACACCCACCACGGAAGAAAGAAGGCAGAGAGCGAGAGCUGAAAAUGAGACAAUGAGAGGAAGACAGGGAAGUGAACGUCGAGAACGAAGACCUAGAACUGCCAGGAGAACAUUCUGAAGUGUGUCGCUCGGAGAAGGAAGAUGGAGUUGUGGCGGCAGUGUGCGAUGUGGCUGAUCGACUGCCGAGUCCUCCCUGAGAACCACCGGGUCACGUGGGAGGGUGCACAGGUGUGCGACCUGGCUCAGGCUCUGAGAGAUGGUGUGCUGCUCUGCCAGUUGCUUAACAACCUGCUGCCACAAGCCGUCAAUCUGAGGGAGAUCAACCUGCGCCCACAGAUGUCCCAGUUUCUGUGUCUCAAGAAUAUCCUGACGUUCCUGGGAGCCUGUCAGCAGAGGUUUCAUCUGAAGAAGAGUGAACUGUUUGAGGCCUUCGACCUGUUUGAUGUCCGAGACUUUGCCAAGGUCAUAGACACUCUGUCCAUCCUGUCUCACUCCUCCAUUGCGAUUCAAAGAAGGCUCCAGCCUUUUCCUUUGGAAGGAUGUUCCACCGAUGAUGAGAUCUACAGCGGCUUGUCGGACAAGAUAGAUGACACAGUGGACGAAGACGACGACUUGUACGACUGUGUCGAGGAUGAAGAGAACGAGGGGGACGAGAUCUACGAGGAUUUGAUGAGGACGGAAGAACCGCCUGAAACUCAGCAGAAACCCACGGUGGACAAACGAGAGUGCUGCCUGCAGGAGAUCAGACAGACGGAGGAGAAAUACUCGGACACACUGGAGUCGAUAUUACAGCACUUUAUGAAACCUCUGGAGAAGUUUCUCCAGGAUCAAGACAUCGAAAGCAUCUUUAUCAACAUAGAGGAUUUGGCUGACACUCAUCGUAAAUUGUUGGAAGAGGUCCGGAGCUCCAUCCUAAAUAAUGGAGCCAAGAAUCUUUACAUGGUGUUUCUGAGCUACAAGGAGAGGCUCUUACUGUAUGGUCACUACUGCAGUCAGGUGGAAACAGCGACGAAGCACCUCGAAAGUCUAUCGAACGCAAGGGAAGACAUCAAGAUGAAACUAGAGGAAUGUUCAAAGAGAGCAAACAGUGGACGAUUCUCCCUCCGAGAUUUGCUCAUGGUCCCGAUACAGAGGGUCCUCAAAUACCACCUGCUGUUACAGGAGCUGGUGAAACACACCACAGACCCAAAUGACAAGGACAACCUGCGCACAGCUCUUGAUGCCAUGAGAGACUUGGCGCAGAGUGUCAACGAGGUGAAGCGAGACAACGAGAUCAUCAGGCAGAUCACCACCUUCCAGUUGUCCAUAGAAAACCUGUCUCAGUCUCUCGCUCUCUACGGUCGCCCCAAGAUUGAUGGAGAGCUGAAGAUCAGCAGCACGGAGAAAAAGUCCAAACACGACCGGCAUGCGUUCCUCUUCGAUAGAGCCAUGUUCGUGUGUAAGAAGAAGAGCGGGGAGUCGUUUGAGUUGAAGGAGGUCAUCGAACUUCAGCACUUCCAGAUACGAGAUGAAACCACUGGAGAGAAGGACAAUAAAAAGUGGUCCUACUUGUUCCUCCUGCUGGACUGUUUCGGGAGGUGUGGCUACGAUUUAUUUUUCAAAACCAGAGAAGUGAAGAAGAAAUGGCUGGAGCAGUUUCAAAUGGCUAUGUCAAACAUGUGUCCAGAGAACGCCACGGCCAACAACCACGACUUCCAGAUGCACUGCUUCGAGGACACCACCUCCUGCAAGGCCUGCUCGAUGCUGCUGAGGGGAAUUUUCUUCCAGGGUUAUCGCUGCACUCGCUGUAAAAUGGCUGCACAUAAAGAGUGUUUAGGCCGAGUACCUCCCUGUGGGCGAAGCUCAGAUCAUUCUGGGACCAAGAAGAAUAAAACACAGAAGUCCUCGGGAAACUCCGGUGUUGGAUUUCCCAAGAUGGAGGUGUGUCAGGAGUACUACGGGCUGCCUCCGCCUCCCGUGGGCUUCGGCCAGCAGCUGCACCUGUCCAAAGGGGACAUCAUUGAGCUGUCCCGCGCCGAGGUUGACCUGCAGUGGUGGGAGGGAAGAAACCUGACUCUCGGAACAAUGGGAUGGUUCCCCUGUCGGAAGGUUCAGCCCUACGUCCCUAGGUCGACUCCUGACUUGUCUGGUUUCAACUGGUUUGCUGGGAACAUGGACAGAAGCGGGGCCAAGAACCUGCUGAUGCCCCGCUCUGACGGAACCUUCCUGGUGCGGCAGAAAGAUGGAGGAGAGUUCGCCAUCAGCAUCAAGUUCAACAUGGACAUCAGACACAUUAAGGUCACGUCCGCUGAGGGCCUGUACCGCAUCAAUGACAAGAAAGCAUUCAAGGGUUUGAUUGAGCUGAUUCAGUAUUACCAGAAGAACUCCCUGAAGGAGUACUUUAAGGAUGUGGACACCACUCUGCAGACGCCCCACAAACAACCGGAGGAGAGCAACUCAUCCGACACCACACCGAACACCACACCGGGAGGCAGCUUGAAAAGUUUCGGCGUGGUGAGGGCCAGGUACGACUUCUCGGCCAGGGACCGCUCGGAGCUGUCGCUGCGGGAGGGGGACACCAUCAAGAUCCUGUCCAAGAAAGGUCACAGCGGUUGGUGGAAAGGAGAAGUGUACGGCCGGGUGGGGCUCUUCCCAUCCAAUUACGUGGACGAGGACUACUCGGAGUACUGCUGAAGUGGAUCCAGAGCUGGGAGGAGCCACAGCCACACAGAGUCGACGUGAUAACUGGUUUCCAUCGAUUGCAUUAACCCGUGUGUGUGUUUGUGUGAGAGGGAGAGAGAUGCUGUUACUUGUGAUCUUGUGAUGUGAAUAAAACUUUUUUUCAGUUGAUCAAAUGA